CGAAAAAGGAAAGCCGUCGCAUAAUUUCCCAUUACCCUUUUCAACUCUUCCCUCUCCGCCUUGGAAUUCUGUCCCGGCCACCACAGCCGCCAGAGAAGGGUAUGGCGAUGGCGAUGCAGACUGGGAUGUCGUCCUCCAAAGUCCUCAUCCUCGUCGGUGCAGGUCUGACCGGAUCAAUAAUCCUGAGGAACGGCCGGAUCUCCGAUGUUUUGUCGGACCUUCAGGGAUUUAUGAAAGGUGUAAAUGAAGGAGAUACCUCUAAUAAUUACUAUGACACUGCACUCCUUGCUUCUCAGAUUAAGCAUUUGGCCCAAGAGAUUAGAGAACUGACGAUAUCUCGACCAGUGACCAUAGUUAAUGGUGAAAAUUCUACUGGUGGUUUAUCAUCCUAUAUAAUACCUGCUGCUGCUGUUGGAACAUUAGGGUAUUGCUACAUGUGGUGGAAGGGAUGGUCCUUCUCUGAUGUCAUGUUUGUCACCAAAAAGAAUAUGGCUAACGCUGUUGCAAAUGUGUCAAAGCAACUAGAGCAAGUAUCUGCAUCUCUUGCUGCAACAAAAAGGCAUCUAACCCAGAGGCUUGAAAACUUGGAUGGGAAACUGGAUGAGCAGCAGGAGAUAUCUAAGUCUAUUAUGAAUGAGGUCGGUGAUGUUAAAACUGAGCUUUCUCAAAUUGGCUUUGAUAUCGAGUCGCUGCAGCAAAUGCUAACUGGGCUUGAAGGAAAGAUAGGACAUCUCGAAAGUAAACAGGAUGUGACCAAUGCAGGCAUAUACUAUUUAUGCAAAUUUGUUGGAGGGGUUAAAGAUGGACUGAAUGUUAAGUUCUUCCAGGAAACUGCUGAGAAGCUCCCCCAUUCUUCAGUCGCCCCCUUCUCGGCCGACAAAUCAAUCAAGGGGUUGCAAUUUCUCAUGGAGAAUUUCAAAGAUGGAAAUGCAGAUAGUCCCAAAUUCAACCCUAUUUCGCAGAAAGACAACCAGGAGAAACCCUUGAAACCAGCCAUUCUGAGAAGUAGCACAGUACACAGGUCGUACCCUGGUGGUAUUGCUCUACGGACGGCAGGGAUUGCUUUAUGACCCUCAAUACCCUACCUGGCUACAUCAUUAUCCGUUAUGAUGAAAUGCAAUUUAAUUCAUUGUGAAAGUCCAUUAAUGUUAUUUAGCGUGUGAUCUAUGCAAUCUGCCCAUUUGGAACGAUUGAUAUCGCUAGUCCAAAUUAUUAUAUUUUGUAAAUCAACAAGAUGAAAAUAAACUACAGCUGCUAAAUUGUCCUGUAAAAAUUCUUGUAUUAUUUCUUUUACAUGCUAUAAUCGGCUUGCCAGGUCAUCUCAAAUGCUAAUUAUUUUCCUUUCAAAUGCUAA